AUGACCCCAUUUGUGUCCAAGAACCCAAGGAGUGCUUUCUUGAAUUACAGGGACCUUGACAUCGGUGUCAAUAAAUUUGGUAAUAGAAGCUAUGAACAGGGGAAGGUGUAUGGCUUGAAGUACUUCAAUGACAAUUUUGAAAGGUUGGAACGAGCAGAGUAUCCCCCCUCUUCCAACUCUCAACUCAGACCCUCCUCAUCCGAUAUUGCACUUAGAUGCCAAAGAUGGCUCGAGUUCCAAGCUAUCAAUGGGGAAGGUGAAGGUAGUACUGGCUUAUGA